AUGUUUAGCUCCUCCAAAGUUGGUAGCUUGUUCUCCACGCGACGGGACGAACAAGACGUGGAACUCUCACUACCGUUGUACUCAUCUGCAUCCCACGAGAAUCGAUCCAGUGGCUUCCUUGCUGCGGAAAAUGUCCAAGUUCCAAUCCCACGGUCGCCGUCUCCGCGACCACCAGAGGUCCGUAUCUCAAGGCCUGCGACGCCGUUGAGCCAAUUCUCACCACCAUUGCCUCAGAUUGUUCGUCGCUCGUGGAGAAUAUCGUGGCAAACAACAUUAUUGAUAAUCUUGGUCAUAUACACUUUCUUUACAUUAUUCAAGGGUGCACCGUACCAGACCACCGAAACUGAGAUCGUCGCCGAGUACGAUGGUGGCCCACCGAGGGCAGAUAUCACGCAUUUGAUAGUUGUAGCAGGCCAUGCGAUUUGGAUGGGCGGCAAUACCUUGGGAGAAAAUGAAUCGGAGUGGACUCUACUACCUUAUCAGCACGGUCUAGCCAAGACGUUCAAAGAGCAUAUCACAACUGGCGUGAAGUUGGCACAGAAUAGCGAAAACAGUCUGUUGGUGUUCACGGGUGGGGAGACAAGGAAUUUUGCUGGCCCUGCCAGUGAAGCUCAGAGCUACUGGUCCCUAGCCUAUCUCUCUAAGCUUAUCGAACCAAAUUCGUCUCUUUUCAAUCGUUCCACUACUGAAGAAUUUGCCCGGGACUCUUACGAAAACUUGCUGUUCAGUAUUUGCAGAUUCCAUGAAUACACCUCAAACUACCCUACAAAACUCACUAUUGUGGGUUUCGAAUUCAAACGGGAGCGUUUUAAUACGCAACACCGUGCUGCGAUUCGAUUUCCUCCGGAUCAAUUCAGAUAUAUAGGUAUCGAUAACACCGACGACCCAGAACAAUUAGCAGGGUUUAUUAAAGGCGAGAAAGAGGGUCUGUUGAAGCAGUAUAGGGAUGACCCACACGGCUGCACAGAUCCCGAGCUGAAAGAUAAGAGAAAAGGGAGGAACCCGUUCAGGACCAGGCAUGGAUAUGAAGUCACUUGCCCGGAGCUUAAGGAGCUCAUGAGGUGGUGUAUGUACGAAGAUGCCAUCAAGGAUGGGAAGACGCAGCAGUAUCCUGGGGACUUGCCAUGGAGCAAAGGGAUUGAAUAG